AUUUACAAAAUGCGUCUCCUACUCCUCUUCACCCUUGCGAGCUGUGUCUCGGCCCAAAAAAUCUACCAAGGUUUCAACACUGGCGCCUUCUUCACCUCCUCCAAACCCAAAGCCCAAUCCGACUUCGAGGCUGAAUUCAACACCGCUCAAUCCCUCCACUACUCCCCAGGUGUCUUCUCUUCCGCCCGCCUCUACACCUGCAUCCAAGCCGGAACCACCAAUACACCCAUUGAAGCUUUCCAAGCAGCCAUAAACACCAACACGUCUCUUCUGCUCGGAAUCUGGUGUUCCGGUACAACAUCCAUUGACAAUGAAAUCGCGGCUCUCAAAUCAGCAAUUGACAAAUUUGGGACCAAGCUCAAGGAUUUGGUCGUGGGCCUAAGUGUAGGAAGUGAAGAUCUUUACCGUCUUUCCAAGAGCGGAAUCGAGAACAAAGCCGGAGUUGGCGCUGGCCCCUCCACCAUUAUCCCAUUCAUCCAGUCCGCACGAAGCGGUCUCGCUGGUACCAUCCUCUCCAGCAUUCCCAUCGGACAUGUGGAUUCCUGGUCCGCAUGGUCCAACACCUCGAAUUCAGCAGUCAUUAAUGAGGUUGAUUUCCUCGGUAUGGACUUGUAUCCGUAUUAUGAGAAGGAUAUCGAUAAUCGGAUUGAGAAUGCGGAACAGAUCUUUGAGAAGUUGCAUAAUAAGACCACAGCGGUGGCAGGCGGGAAACCCGUCUGGAUUACGGAGACUGGGUGGCCUGUUUCGGGACCCGUGAGUGGCAAUGCGACAGCGAGUGUGGACAAUGCGAGGACUUUUUGGGAUAUCAUCGCUUGUAAGUAUUUGGGAAGGAAUAAUGUUUGGUGGUAUACAUUGAGAGACGCCGAUCCUAGUAUUGCCGAGAAGUUUGCGAUUUCGAAGGACUUGAGUGCUGACACGACAUUCAAUCUUACAUGUCCUGCUGCUAGUGGAGCACCAGCGAGCGUCAACACGGAUCUGUCGAAGGGUGUGCAAAGCACAAAAAAGAAUGCUGCUAUGAGAUCUGUCGAGGAGAUGGGAUACACGGCUGUUUUCGUCCUCUGCGGAGUAAUGGGAUUUCUUCUGUAA